AUGGAUCGAUUGAACAGGGAACGCGUGCCGCUGCUGGCGAGUAACAGGGACCGACGUGCCGGCCACAAACGGGUGUCGUCCGCGACAAACCUGGAGAGGGACCACCACGAUGCAGCUACAGACUUCGAUAACGCAGACUCUUGGGGGAUCCUGCACGAGUCUGACACAGAGUACGACCUGGAGCGCGGCGAUGGGGUGUUCGGGUUGCACAGACACAGGGGGGACAACAGCAUGCAGGACCUUGCGAACUCGGUGAACACCAGAAACCACGCGUUUAUAGACCACAGGCCCACGGGCAGCGGGAACGGCGACCCGUAUCUCUCCAACGGCAAACUGGUGACCCCGAAACUGCGCAGGAAGUCCAGUGUGCGGUCCGUGAAACCGUACACCAAACAACAACCCAAGAGUGGGAAGUCCAAGAGGGGAAGCAAGCGUGCCUCCCGUGCCGCUGGAACCACGGGGACAGAUGAUGACGUUGUCAUCGACGUCGAUGCUUUGCUCCAGCACGUUCAGAAAAACACCACAGGUGUAGCAUCAACAACGGACAGUCGCCAGGAUAACCGCGGCAAUGUGCUCCCUGCAACUCUGCGGGACGACGCGGCCUUUGCCGCCGAGAGGGACUCACAGCGAGCGAGCACUUCUUCAAAAUCGACAUCCACCUCGUUCUCAGAUGAGAAUGAGUACAACUCUAGACCGUCGUCGAGGAACUCGUCCUCGAACUCAUCACUUGACGACGUGUGUCUCGUGGAGGAGAACGACAUCGUCGAAAAAGUUUGGCCAGACGUCGCGGUACUAGAAGAGUUCUCAAGGGAGGAAAUAGAAAGACUCAGACGGCAGGCCCUCGAGGAUGCAGAACAGUUCCAUUUCCACUACGACGACACAGAGGAGGACGACACGCAGUCGUCGCUGUCCAAUAGGCACAACAGGGGCAACGACAAGUCCCAGAAUGGAAUUUUCUUCUCACACCCGAUAGUGACCAAUAUCGACGUACCUGAAUUGGGGAACAAGAAGAUCAACGAGGCAGAACACUUGGAAAAACUGGGGAGACUGAGACCGAAAAAGAUUACGCCAUGGCAUUUGAUGCAAAGACCACACGCCAAUGCACAACUAAACUCGAGUUUCGGCAAGAACUCGACUAUCAUGGGUACGACCAACGGCGGGACCAUCGAUGGCAGCGAGGGGAACACGGCCAUGAGGGACAAUUUUCUUGUCGGCAGAAACAUCCAGUACCCGCACCACAUUAUUUCGAACAAUCCUGAACAUUUCAGAUUCGCCUACUUUAGAAUGGAUCUGGAUUCUACUGUGCAUUCUCCGACAAUCUCAGGACUGUUGCAGCCGGGACAGAAGUUCGAUGAUCUGUUUGUGAGCUCCGUCUAUGCGCCACACGCACACAACCAGGACUGGCUCGACGAGAGGAGCGACACCCCGAAUAAACUCACAUCUCCAUCCCCGCCACAUUACCACAACAGCGGGAUCUUAACCGCCACUGGUCCUUCCUCGACAACGCUGCCCCAAUUACAACAGCAGCAGCAACAACAACAGCAGACAGGCCCCUUACAAAGCAUCCUGGGUAAAAACGCGUCGACGUUAUCAAGGACGGUAAGCAACGGUGCAAUGAUGAUGACCGCAGCAGAUAGCGUUCCGCCCUUCUGGCUAGAUGUUGUAAACCCAACGGAGGAGGAGAUGAAAGUGUUGAGUAAAGCAUUCGGAAUCCAUCCCUUGACGACGGAGGACAUUUUCCUAGGGGAGGUCCGCGAAAAGGUCGAACUGUUCAAAGACUACUACCUGAUUUGUUUCAGAAGUUUCGACAUUGUGGCCGAGAGGCACACGAGGAAGAAGAAGGAUGGCGGGAACAAUUCCAAAUUGGAGACGAUAAAUGAGUCGCACACCAAUGGUACGAACGGCGAUGAUGCCUCCUCAAACAUGGGGGCACCAUCUCGUUGGUUAAAGAAUAUAUUUAAAAAGAACAGAAGAAGGUCGUCGACGUACUCAACGAACACGACCGACUACGGGUCAAUGACAAAGAGGCGGCGGCAGAGUAUUAUGAAGAAGAAAGAGGAGAAGGAAAAGUUCAAGAGGAAGUCAGGGGACAGACACAAGCCACGAGCCGGUGAGUUAGAGCCCUUGAAUGUUUACAUUAUUGUGUUCCGGACUGGUGUCCUGACUUUCCAUUUUGCUCCUACCCCACACCCUAUCAACGUCAGGCGGAGGGCCCGUUUGUUGAAGGAUUAUCUAAACGUCACUGCGGAUUGGAUCGCCUACGCUUUGAUCGAUGAUAUAACAGACGCGUUUGGUCCCAUGAUUGAAUUGAUCGAGGACGAGGUUUACGACAUAGAGGACGCAAUCUUGAAGAUGAACCAUAACGGCAAUUCGUCUGAUUCUGACUCUAGUGAUUCCGAUUCUAGUUCCGACAGCGAUAGCAGCGAUUCUUCGCGUGAUUCGGUGAGACUGUACGACAGGAGGUCUAGACGUACUGCGUUCUCUGACCGUUCUGGGGCGACUCCGACGAGGUCCUCACGGACGCGUAGUUUCACAAGUUCGAAUUCGUCGCGCAGUAGUAGGUCCUCGGAUAUGUCUACCUUCAAUGUGAACCUAAUUGGGUGGAAGAAGAAAGGUGAUAUGUUGAGACGGAUUGGUGAGUGUCGUAAGCGAGUGAUGAGUAUUUUGAGGCUUCUUGGCGCCAAGGCUGAUGUGAUUAAAGGUUUUGCGAAACGGUACAAUGGGCAAUGGGAUUCUGUGCCACAAGCUGAGAUUGGGAUGUACUUGGACGAUAUUCAAGAUCAUAUCAUUACGAUGGUUUCCUCGUUGAAUCACUACGAGAAGUUACUGAGUAGAUCGCAUUCGAACUACUUGGCGCAGAUCAACAUUGAUAUGACCAAAGUGAACAACGACAUGAACGAUGUGUUGGGCAAGAUUACGAUCCUUGGUACGAUUGUGUUACCGAUGAACGUUGUUACUGGUCUGUGGGGGAUGAAUGUUCUAGUUCCAGGUCAAUUCAACGAAUCCUUGCAGUGGUUCUUCGGGAUCCUGUCCUGCAUGGUUGUACUGGCAUACAUUGGGUACGUGUACACUAAGAAGAGGUUUGGAUUUUGA